CCAGCACCGUGUGACGUCACCAGGACCUACGCGCCGCGGGGCGGGAGAGUUGUCGGACGGCCCCGGCUGGGUUCUGGAGGUCCUGAGGCCGCUAAGAGGCUUCUGAGGGCCGCCGCGAUGCCUCGCCUGGGGCCGGUCAGUCAGCUCCUGGAUCUAUGCCUUUGGUGCUUCAUGGAGAAUAUUUCCAGAUAUAUCACAGACCUUAAGCCUUUACCUCCCAGCAUAAAAGAUAGACUGAUUAAAAUAAUGAGCUUGCAGGGACAGAUAACAGAUUCAAAUAUAAGUGAGAUUUUACAUCCUGAUGUCCAAGCUCUAGAUCUACGGAGCUGUGAUAUCUCAGAUGCUGCUCUCCUACACCUGUGUAAAUGCAGAAAACUGAAAAAAUUAAAUAUAAAUUCCUCAGAAGGAGACAGAGUUUCUAUAACAUCAGAAGGAAUAAAAGCUGUGGCUUCAUCUUGUUCGUAUCUCCAUGAAGCUAUUUUGAAAAGAUGCUGCAAUCUCACUGAUGAAGGAGUCCUUGCUCUUGCACUCAAUUGCCGGCUGCUAAAGAUUAUUGAUCUAGGUGGAUGCUUAAGUAUUACUGAUGUGUCCUUACACGCAUUGGGGAAAAACUGCCCAUUUUUGCAGAGCAUUGACUUUUCAGCCACUCAGGUAUCUGACAAUGGUGUGGUUGCACUUGUGAGUGGAUUAUGUGCCAAGAAAUUAGAGGAAAUUCAUAUGGCAGAUUGCGUGAAUCUAACUGAUGAGGCUGUAAAAGCUGUUCUUACUUACUGUCCUCAGAUACAUAUAUUACUCUUCCAUGGAUGCCCCCUAAUAACAGAUCUUUCACGAGAAGUCUUGGAUCAAUUAGUUGGGCCAAACAAACUAAAGCAAGUAAUGUGGACUGUGUAUUGAUGCUUAUUGAAGUUUACGAAAGCUAUGAAAGCUUGUCAAAACUACUUUCCCAGGAAAUGGUCUGUAGAUAUUUGCUUUCCACUUAAUUUAACAUUUCGUUGUUGUUGUCAUCUUAUUUAAGCUAUAACUCUCAGAGAAUCAGCUAAAUCUAAGUAUACACAUUUGUGCUUUGAAGUUAACUAGACUUAAACAUUCUGUUAUUAUUAUUUGUUGGAUGAGUCAUUGUCUUUGAAAUGGUAUUCUAGCAUGAACUCUGUGUGGGUGGGGGGCUGGAUUUGUUUCUUAAACAACAAAGUUUAAAUGAUCUGUUUUCCCUCAAGACUUCCUUCUCUUCUCCUAUGUAGGUAUUUGAGCUGUUGUAAGAGAAAUUUACUGAUAUAAACUUUAGGAGAAUUCUAAAUAAAGAUAUUUCUAAAAGUAUAAUUA